AUGUCUUCGGACUGGUGGUCCCAAGGAAGCUUGACAAUCGUCGUCACCGUCCUCAUUCUCGUCUUGUCUUCCCUAGUCGUCGCCAGAAAAAUGCUCAUCUCGUCCAAGAACCGCUUCCCCGUCGAGGGUCUCACUGCCAUCGUGACCGGCGGCUCACAAGGCCUCGGACUGGCGAUCGCACAAGAACUCUCCGCCCGGGGCGCCAACGUGGCCAUCGUGGCCCAAAACGUGCCCAAACUCGAAACCGCCGUCAAGACGCUGCAGAGCCGCGCCCAAACGCCGCAGUCACAGCGCUUCCUUCCUCUGUCCUUCGACCUGCGCGUGCCGGAAUCUGCGCCCAAGAUUUUGGAGGAAGUCAAGACGUGGAACAAUGGGGAAGCGCCGGAUUUGAUCUUCUGCUGCGCGGGACACUGCUACCCGUCCUUCUUCGCGGAUGCGCCGGUCCAACAACUCAAGGACCAGAUGGAUACGGUCUACUGGAGCACCGCGUGGAUGGCCCACGCGGCCAUCAACAUGUGGAAAACACCCUCGAGCAAUGAGAAUAAGUCUGUGUCUCAUCCAAGACCAACCCGGCACCUGAUAUUCACAUGCUCCACACUGGCUUUCUUUCCCGUGGCGGGCUACAGUCCAUAUUCGCCCUGCAAAGCGGCCAUGCGUGCCCUGGCCGACGGCUUGAAUCAAGAGGUCGAAGUGUACAAUGGCUCUCGUCAGAGCAACAAUCCGUCCUUGGGCCCCGUUCCCGACACCGACAUGAAAGUCCACAUCCUGUUCCCCAUGGGCAUCAUCUCUCCAGGUCUGGAAAAUGAGAACAAGAUCAAACCGUCCCUGACGCUGCAGCUCGAAAAGGACGACAAGCCCCAGCAACCGGAUGAGAUCGCCAAGAUCCUGCUGAGACGUCUGGGCGCCGGCGACUUCAUGAUCAGCACAAUGUUCCUGGGCCACUUGAUGCGUGGGUGUGGAAUGAGUGGAAGUGUGCGCAUGAACGUGAUGGACGUCUUCUGGAACUGGUUGGGCUCUAUCAUUAUCAUUUUCGUGGCUCCUGAUUUUGUCUCAAAGUGCAGAAGCUGGGGCAAACAGAAGGGCAUGAAUGCCACCACAAAUGCCAGCUAA